CCCAGAGCGCCCCGGCCGAGCCUCCGCGCCGGGUCUCGGCUGCGCCUUUCCCCUCGCCAUGUCGCAGCCGGGUCCCAAGCCCUCCGCCUCUCCCCGGCCCCGGCGCGCAGCGUCCGCCGGCCGCCACACCCAAGAGCAUGUCAAUGACAAAAACACUGGAUCACCUUCCAAACCAGGAGAAAACAAAGGCUCUGAUGAGAAAAAAGCAGCAAGCCUUGGGAGCAGUCAGUCCUCCAGAACCCAUGCUGGUGCUACAGCCCUGAUGGCCAAGGUGCCAGACCCCUCUGGGGCAAGCAGCAAGUCUCCCAGCAUGAGCACCGCGGAAACCAAGGCAAUUCCAGUCGACAAACAGAUGGAAGGACCACAUCCUCCCAACAAGAAAAGACACAGAAAACAGGCUGUGAAAACAGAACCUGAGAAGUCACAAUCAAGUAAGCCAUCUGUGGUUCACGAGAAAAAGUCCCAAGAAGGAAAAGCAGAAGGACACACAGAGCCAAAAAGCCACCCCAAGCAUGCGUCCGAUAAAGGAAGUAGACAUGCCCACAGAGAAAAGGCAGCUUCCAGAUUAAACGAGCAGCUGGCAUCAGAGAAGUCACCAGAACCAAAGUCUCAGACUAAGUCACAAGACAUGACUCCUGCGGCUGCUGGUGUGGCUGCAGCUGCAACGUCUAGCAAAGCCGAGGACAAGAAAAACGAAGAGAAAUCAUUAACUCCAGCCGGACCAGGUGGAACCAAGCCGGACAAGUCACCUGGAAAGUCAGGCACGGAUGCCGCUCUUGAUGACUUGAUUGACAUGUUAGGAGAACCUGAGGAAGCGAGAGAAGAGCCCACGCCAUACACGGGACCAGCGGUUGAGGAUGUAAUCGACUCUGCCUACCUUGAGGCCCUGGGCAUCAGAGAAGGGAGCAUUCCUCCGGAGUAUAGGAAGCUUUUGGCUAAAAAGGCAGGGUACACAGGACCUCCUCCAGACUCUCCGAAACCCACGGGGACAGACGACGCUAUAGAAGCCUUGUCGUCUGACUUCACCUGCAGUUCUUCAAGCUCGGGUGGAAACAAAUCAGAGAAAGAGAAAUCUCCAGGAGAGGUUUUGAAAGCUCAGUCAGCUGGGGUCACCAGAAGUGCUGCUCCACCCCAAGAGAAGAAAAGAAAGGUGGAAAAGGAUGCUAUGAGUGAUCAAGCCCUCCAGGCUCUGUCAGAUUCACUGGGCACUCGGAAACCAGAACCAGAGCUCGACCUCAGCAAGAUUAAGGAAGUCAACGAGGCAAAAGCUAAAGAAGAGAAGCUAGAGAAGUGUGGGGAGGGUGAUGAAACGGUCCCGGCUGAGUACAGACUGAAGCCAGCCACGGAUAAAGAUGGAAAACCACUAUUGCCAGAACAUGAAGAAAAGUCCAAGCCCCUGAGUGAAUCAGAGAUUAUCGAUGAACUUUCAGAAGGUUUUGACCAGUCUAAAUAUAAAGGCAAACAACCUGCACCAGCUGAAAAGGCAGAAAAAUCUAAGGCCACAGCCUCAACUCCCGAGGCUGAGCCUGUGCCUCGGGCCUCCAUGUGCAGUGUACAGUCGGCCCCUCCUCAGCCAGCUGCCUUGAAGGGCGUGGUGCCAGGUGAUGCUGUCGACGUCUUGGCCGGAAGCCUGGGGAAAAGGGAAGCAGACCCAGAGGAUGGGAAACCUGUGGUGGAUAAAGUCAAGGAGAAAGCCAAGGAAGAGGACCGAGAAAAACUUGGUGAAAAAGAAGAAACCAUUCCUCCUGACUAUAGACUAGAAGAGGUCAAGGAUAAGGAUGGAAAACCCCUCCUACCAAAAGAGUCGAAGGAACAGCUUCCACCCAUGAGCGACGACUUCCUUCUUGAUGCCUUGUCCCAGGACUUCUCCACUCCUGCUAACAUAUCCUCUCUUAAAUUUGAAGACUCCAAACUUGCCGAUGCCAUCUCAGAAGUAGUCUCCCCCAAGCUGGCUCCUACCUCCCAUGCCUCAGCCCCACCUCCCAAUACCACGCAGCAUGACAAAGAACUUGACGACGCCCUGGAUAAACUUUCUGACCGUCUCGGGCAAAGGCAGCCCGACCCAGAUGAGAGCAAGCCACUGGAGGACAAAGUGAAGGAAAAAGUGAAAGCAGAACACAGAGACAAGCUGGGAGAAAGAGAUGACACCAUUCCCCCUGAGUACAGACAUCUUCUGGACAAUGAUGGGAAGGACAAACCAGAGAAGCCAUCUUCAAAGAAAUCAAAGAAACCUGAAGAUGACCAGGACCCCAUUGAUGCUCUCUCAGGAGAUUUGGAUAGCUGUCCCACGGCUACAGAAACCUCGCAGAACACAGCAAAGGAUAAGAACAAGGAGGCAGCUUCCAGCUCCAAAGCACACAAGAAUGAAGGUAAAGCAGAGAAUCCCAAGACAACAGAAGAAAAACCCAAGCCAAAAGCUGAUGAAAAACGUACAAGUUAAAGUUUACGCUAUUCAGUAUCUACAUAUAAACUCUUCAGUUGGUGGAUGGUGACUCUUGAAGAACAAAAGACUUUGACAACAGACAAUUUUCUGGGUGGCUUUAUAGACAUUUGUUAAGUCUUUUGACAUCUUAAACAUUGGUUUGUUAUUCUUUUCCAGAAAGAAAAUGAAUUUGUCUGGUUUACCUGUGUUGUUGUAUUGAAUACGGAUAAACUGAUUUUUUUAAUUGCCCUUAGUUGGGAGAAUGGAAGCUUUAUAUUUGUAAGAAGUAUAUUUGAUAAAAUUUCUUAGAGCAAUAUCAAAAACAAAUAGAAAAACUUUGCAAAUGUUUGCACAUUAUACUCACAGUGCCUGUAAGUCUCAUUAGUAUUUUCAGUUUGCACUUAAUGUGUUUGAGCAUUUGAAAGAUAAUGCUUUAAUCUUUUUGUCAGUGUUCUGAUUUCUUAUCAUCCCCUUUCAUCUUGGGUUUUUGAACUGUACUUGAUGUUUCUUUGGGGUUAAUGUUUAUGAGUCAAACAUAAAAUAUUGUACAUUUGGGCACAUAUCUCCUCUUGGGCUGCUAAUAAUAAAUUACUAAGUGAUAACCUGGGGCAAACCAGGGAAUACCAAUCUCCUUUUCCUCCUGAACUCAUCCUUGCUGGGUGUGAGAAAUUCCACACUACAGUAAGGGAAAACCCACUGAGACUUGAACUAUGUUAGCAGCACAGAAAGACACAGGCUGGCAAUGUUACCAUGUAGCAAAUUUCAAGAAUAAAACAGCUGAAUUCUUGGC